AUGCCGGGUGGAGUUGCAGCGGUCUGGCAGCAUGCCGGGUGGAGUUGCAGAGGUCUGGCAGCAUGCCGGGUGGAGUUGCAGAGGUCUGGCAGCAUGCCGUGUGGAGUUGCAGAGGUGUCGUUGGAAGACGGGAACGCUGCUGUUAUUUAUGAUCCCGCCUUCUGGGGGCCGGUCACUCUCCAGGAAGCCAUUGAGGACAUGGGAUUUGUGUCGGCUCCGGUUAGUUUACAUCCACAAGCUGUACCUACAGACAGUCUCGUAUUUCACCUCUCCCAGGAUCAGGCUGGGGAGCGGACCUGCCCGGAUCUGCUGGCACUGAAGGGGGUUCUGGAUGUGACGGGGGAGGGGAGCGUGCUCCGUGUGACUUUUAUACCGUCACUUGUCAGUGCUGACACCAUGAUUCAGAGGUUCCCGGCCCUGAGCCUAGACGCCCCGAACCCCAGCCAAGAAUCUGCUCCGGACGUUGUCCUGCUGAAGAUGAAGGUGGAGGGCAUGACCUGCCAUUCCUGCGUCAGUACCAUCGAAGGCAAAAUCGGGAAGCUGCAAGGCGUGCAACGCAUCAAAGUGUCCCUGGAUAACCAGGAAGCUCACAUCCUCUUCCAGCCGCACCUCAUCACGCCGGACGAGAUCCGGAGCCAAAUCCAAAAAGCCGGGUUUUCGGCAUCGCUGAAGAGCAAGCCGCUCGCCAAGCUGGGGAAGAUCGACGUCGGCCGACUGACCACUGCACAGGUGAAUGGUAACGGGGACGUGUCCCAGCCAAGACCAAAGCCGCAUACUGACCUAACCAGAGCCGUCUUCCAAGUAGAAGGCAUGCACUGCAAAUCAUGUGUUGUGAACAUUGAAGGCGGCAUGGCGUCUCAUGCCGGGGUGACCGGGGUGGAAGUGUCGUUAGAGAAACGAUCCGCAGUGAUCACUUAUCAUCCAAAUCUCACCAAUUCCGAUGCACUGUGCAGAGCGAUGGAAGCGUUGUCUCCGGGGACCUUCAGAGUGACUCUGGACUCUGUCCCCAGAACCACCGGAACCGCCUCCCAAACCCCUUCCAAGAGGACCAAUCCCGAGAGUCCACCCCAGAUCACCGUCAUUACCAUUCAAGGGAUGACCUGCAAUUCAUGUGUCCAGUCCAUUGAGGGUCUGAUCUCACAGAAGCCGGGUGUCAGGUCUAUUCGGGUGUCACUGGGAGAUGGGACGGGGACUGUGGAGUAUGACCCGGCCGUCACCAGUCCGGAGACCCUCCGAGACGCUAUUCAGGACAUGGGAUUUGAUGCCUCUCUAGCUGAAGGAAUGACAUCUGUCACCUCAUUGGAUCCCCCCCGGAAACCUCCGCACCCUUCUUCCCAAGAAAUGCCUGUGAAGAGCAAGCAGGAGAGCAGCACAAGCAACAAGUGUUUCAUUCGGGUCUCCGGCAUGACGUGCGCUUCCUGUGUCGCCAACAUAGAGAGAAAUCUUCGCAAGGAGGACGAAGGAAUGACAUCUGUCACCUCAUUGGAUCCCCCCCGGAAACCUCCGCACCCUUCUUCCCAAGAAAUGCCUGUGAAGAGCAAGCAGGAGAGCAGCACAAGCAACAAGUGUUUCAUUCGGGUCUCCGGCAUGACGUGCGCUUCCUGUGUCGCCAACAUAGAGAGAAAUCUUCGCAAGGAGGACGGUAUACAUUCCGUCCUGGUGGCUCUGAUGGCGGGGAAGGCCGAGGUCCGGUACAACCCGGUGCUCAUACAGCCGGCGGCCAUUGCUGAGCUCAUUCAGGAGCUGGGAUUCGAGGCCUCUGUGAUUGAGAACUGUGAUGAAGGAGAUGGAGUGCUGGAACUGGUGGUUCGGGGGAUGACGUGCGCCUCCUGUGUACAUAAGAUCGAGUCUUGUCUGAUGAAAACCAAAGGAGUUCUGUACGGUUCUGUUGCUCUCGCCACCAAUAAAGCUCACAUGAAAUAUGACCCGGAGAUGAUUGGACCGAGAGAUCUCAUGAAGAUUAUUGAUGAUUUAGGAUUUAAAACGUCGUUGGUUAAAAGAGAUCGAUCUGCCAGCCACCUGGAUCACAGGGGGGAGAUACAGAGGUGGAAACAAUCGUUUCUGAUCAGUUUAAUAUUUUGUAUCCCUGUCAUGGGAUUAAUGAUCUACAUGAUGUUCAUGGACAGUGAUCACAUGAUGCCUCACCACCACAACAUGACCAUGGAUGACAUAACUACCUACCAUCCGACCAUGGUGCUGGAGUACCAGGUCAUGCCAGGACUCUCCAUCAUGAACCUCCUGUCCUUUCUGCUGUGUAUACCUGUACAGUUUUUAGGAGGCUGGUACUUCUACAUACAAGCAUACAAGGCUCUGAAACAUAGAACAGCCAACAUGGACGUGCUGAUUGUCCUGGCCACCUCCAUCGCCUUCAUCUAUUCCCUGGUGAUCCUUCUGGUGGCCGUGUGUGAGAAAGCCAAAGUCAACCCCGUCACCUUCUUCGACACGCCGCCCAUGCUCUUCGUCUUCAUCGCUCUGGGACGGUGGCUGGAACACCUAGCCAAGAGCAAAACGUCGGAAGCUUUGUCCCGUCUGAUCUCCCUGCAGGCCACAGAGGCCACAAUUGUCACGUUGGGCCCCGACAACUCUGUCCUCAGUGAGGUUCCGGUGGACGUGGAGCUGGUUCAGCGCGGAGACAUUGUGAAGGUGACACCCGGAGGCAAGUUCCCUGUGGACGGACGCGUGAUUGAAGGCCACUCCAUGGUGGAUGAAUCUCUCAUCACUGGUAAAGAUACCGACAUAGAGGGGGAGUGCCGGG